UGAGUGAGACUGAUUCAAUCAGGAGCUCUGGUAUAAAUACAGGGGAAGCGCAGCGCUUAAGCACGCACUUCUUCAGCUCCAGAAUUCGAUUACUGCAGACUCGUCACCGGGAAGCAAAGCAAAGACAUGGAUCCGCAAUCUUGCACGUGUGCUCAGGGUGGUUCAUGCAGCUGCGGUGAAAGCUGCAAAUGCACGGACUGCAAAUGCAAAACCUGCAAGAAAAGCUGCUGCUCCUGUUGUCCCACCGGCUGCAGCAAAUGUGCCCAGGGCUGCGUCUGCAAAGGGGGAGCCACCUGCGACACCGGCUGCUGCAAGUGAAAACGAGAAAAACCGAUCAAAAGAUUCUUCCUGUAAUUAGUCUGUGACGACGUGUUGAUAGAUAGGCCCCUAUGUCUGGAGGCUAAUGGAUAUGUGUGUAAAAACUUACAUCUGUUUUGUAACUUACUUUUUUUUUUUUUUCUUUUAACAUGAACAAAAUAAAGUCUUUAAAUUGCUAAA